UAGUCUGAGGGGGAGGAGUAACAAGAGCAAAUAAAAGCAGCAAAAGAUCGAGUUCAACGUGGAAUGAAGACAGACUCUCUCAGCUAAAAGGAACAUGGGGAAUGGUAACAUCAGUUCAGCUGCAAAUCAAUCCUCUGGGCUGGAAGCAGCUUCCACACACAUACAAACAGCCUCCAUUGUCAUCUACUGUGUGAUUUUUAUAGUUGGAACUCUGGGCAAUGCUCUGGUUAUCUACGUGACGGGCUUCAAAAUGCAGAAAACAGUCGAGACAGUUUGGUUUCUCAACUUGGCCAUAGCUGAUUUUCUCUUCACAGCCUUCCUGGUUUUCUCAAUCAUUUCUCUCUCUCAGGGUCUCCACUGGCCUUUUGGACAAUUCAUGUGCCAGCUCAACACCUUUGUGAAUGUAGUCAACAUGUUUGCCAGCAUCUUUACUCUGACAGCCAUGAGUUUGGAUCGUUAUUUGUCCACCUGGGUGGUGGUGUGGGCACACAACAAGCGCACAGUCUGCAAAGCUCAGCUUGUAUGUGUUGGUAUCUGGCUUGUUGCUGCGGUCUGCAGCACUCCUUAUGCCACUUUUCGCACUGUUUCAGAAAGCAAUGGGAGUCAUUCCUGCCACUACAAUUUUACAAGCAAGGAAUCAUCAUGGAGUCUAUAUACUUUUCGCUUUCUUAUGGGCUUUGUGAUUCCAUUCCUGGUAAUACUUGUGACUUAUGUGGCCAUUGGCAUCCGGGCAAUGCGCAUGCCGAGAACAAGGCGACAGAGAUCUUGUCGAAUCAUUUUCGCCAUCAUUUUUACAUUCUUCAUCUGCUGGUUGCCCUUCCAUGUUUUCAACUUUAUAGAUACAUCUAACCCAGAUCUCAGGAACAUUGUUAGAAUCGUGGGUCCUCUGACUGUGAGUCUGGCUUUUCUGAACAGCUGCCUGAACCCCAUCCUCUAUGUUUUCAUGUGUGAAGAAUUCAUGAAGAAGUUUCGGCAGUCCAUAUGUUUUGUACUUGAGAGUGCUCUGGCAGAGGACCACAUGUCAUUUAUGUCCACUCACUCCAUGUCAUUAACCUUGUUCAAGACUUUCCAAAAGUCAAACGCUGCUGCAACUUCAAACAGGACGGACACGGCCGAUUUGAAAUCCUUCACAGAAAGCAAAGUGAUCACAGAGGAGACACCGAACACUGACUAAGAUUUCAACAUCAGGCAAUGUAAACUGAAAUACAUUAUUUUUUAAGCAUAUCAAAACUGAGUUAAAUAGCACACUCAUGCACAGAACUGUGUUAAUAUGUUACUUCAUGUUAAAGCACAGAUUUACUUUUAACUGCUCUUACUAUUGCAGGGAGUAUCCCACAGUACUCUCUUCAAUGUAAGAAAGAAAAGUUACUACUUCUCUGAUCAGUCUUAGUACCAGAAAAACUAUGUGGAAGUGCUGCAGCUUUGGAUUGUAAUUGUUAAUUUAUAGAUUAAAAAAACAAUGUGACUUUUAUGUGAUUUUUUUUUACUUUCAAGAUUACAUUUAAUAAGUUUUCUAUUUGUGUACAUAACCUUUUCAUGUUUGAGGUUAUUAGGCCAUGUUUAUUAGUAUCAGCAUCCAUUACCAGUGUUGGGAAGGUUACUUUUAAAAAUGUAUUCCACUAUAGAUUACAGAAUACAUGCUCCAAAAUGUCAUUUGUAACAUAUUCUGUUAAGUUACUCAAUGAGAGUAACGCAUCCUGAAUAUUUUGGAUUGCUUAAUACAUUGUCAUGCUUUUUACAACUACAUGAAUGUACCAUUGCCGUGUGACUUAUUAAUAUUACUGAAGGCUACUCGCCAUACCAAUACCAAACUAGAUUUUUAAAUAAUAUAAUAUAAUAUAAUAUGAGUAACAUAUUAAUUAAUAUAAUUAAUAUAAAAUGAGUAACAGAAGGGUGGACAUCAGGUAAGGCUGCACUUCAUGCAGUGAUCUCAUAUAGAAAACUAUUUCUGUAUCAGUAAUAUGUUUUCUUUUUGUCUGCUUUCAGAAUUGCACGUGAUCAUUUGCAGCUAGCAGUUUGUUAAUGUUAUCCAUCAAGUCUAACAGUCUGCAGUCUAUUAUGAACUAACCUCAGCUAAAGCCAGCUAAUAAUGUUAGCUCAGUGGCAAGUAACCUUCAGUAAUAGUAAUAAAUCACACAGCAAUACUACAUCAAAGAUACUGAGGUGGCUCAUAACCAGAUAGCUACCACAACUAAAACAAGGUAGUAGUUGCAGUAGACAAAUUUUAUUUUUUUUAAAAAGAAGUUACUUCCAGAUGUUUCUUUAGGUUGGAGUCUUCUGACCCUGAGAGCAACUUUGUUGCUGGCAAACAGAGUUUGCAUUGAAUGGUCAGAUUUCGCCCAUCCCUUUCUUCUUUAAAUGUGAAGUUGUGUCGGAAUUUCCAAGUAAGAAAUGCAUUCCUGUCCAUGCACUGCUUUCUCUGUUGUGCUGGCUCUGGGUCCAUUGUGUUACGGAUGCCGCCAACAUUAACAGGACGCUUACAUUAGAGCCUCUUAUUGUGUGUUUGUUUGGGUUUCUGGCAAAGCGUGGAAUUACCAAAAUUAGCGAGGGGAUAGCCUAACAUAUGAAACAGGAAAAGACUGCUGUGUAAUCAAUUUAUUUCAACAAAGUAACUGUAUUCUAAUUAUAAUCGUUUUAAACAGUAACUGUAGCGGAAUACAGUUACUCAUAUUUUUUACUUUAAAUAUGUAAUGCUGGUACAUGAUUUCUCUUACUCCCCAACACUUUCCAUUAAACUGUAAUAAUAGAUUUAUUAACACUUAUUGAGCUUUUUGCACUUUUUUAACCCUGUAAAUAAAAACAUGCUGGUCAAUU